AUGGAUUACUCCCGCUUCGACGCCAUCGAGCUCUCGAGCGAGGAGGAGGAGGAGGAGGAGGAAAAGCGAUUGAUCUGUGAGCGACGAGCGGCGCACGACGCGGUGCGGCGAGCGAUGGAGAGCCGGAAGAGAGGCGACGCGAGAGAGGAAAUAUUUGGCUUGGGCGCGGGCCAUCAUGGGGAGGACGUCGUCAGCCUGAGAGAGUACGCUUGGGAAGACGGUGAACGCGAGGUACGGGUGUGCGUCGAGCUUCCAGAAGAGGACAUGUCGAUCAUUUCCUCGGGGUUUCGGUCGCACAGUCUCAACGUCGAAUUGCGCGGGACGCGUCGAUACAGGUUCGCCGUCGCCGAGCUCUCCAUGGAAAUUCGGCCGAACCAAUCCGAGUGUUUCAUCGACGAGUAUGGGAGGAGACUGGUGUGCAAGAUUGUGAAAUUUGGGAAAUGUCCGUGGAGUGUACUGGCGUGCACGUGA